GAUUAAUAAGAAGCUUUUACCAAAAUUAAAGACGAAAACUACAAGUCUGGAACUAAAGCAAUUUUGACAAUGAUACAUGGAGAAUUAUCAAAAGACAGCUAGAUAUGAUUAAAGAAGGGUGCAGAGUUGAACUUGUUGCAAGCUUAAAAUAACAUACCAGUUUGGUACAUAGUGAAAUUAUGGACAAAGUGAUGGACAAGUUUGAAGUUAGGGAAUUCUUUGGCUUCCCAUACCUCUCACUCUUCUAUAUAAGUAAGUUAUCUUAUGUUAAAAAAAAUAUCCUUCUUCAAUAUAUUACUCAACAUGGCAAACCAUAUUACCUUGUGUAUUUGGUUGCUUUUCUUCUUUAUUUCUAUAUUUUCACUAGCAAAGUCAGAAACUUAUAUCAUUCAUAUGGAUUUGUCAGCCAUGCCAAAAGCUUUUUCUAGCCAUCAUAAUUGGUACUUGACAACACUUUCUUCUGUAUCAGACAGCAGUACAAAUCACAAAGACUUCUUGUCCUCAAAACUAGUCUAUGCUUAUACUAAUGCCAUCAAUGGUUUUAGUGCAAGUCUUUCUCCUUCUGAACUUGAAGCCAUCAAAAAUUCUCCAGGUUAUGUUUCUUCAAUUAAGGAUAUUUCAGUCAAAAUUGACACAACUCACACAUCCCAAUUUCUUGGCCUAAACUCUGAGUCUGGUGUAUGGCCAAAGUCUGACUAUGGUAAAGAUAUCAUAAUUGGCUUAGUUGAUACUGGAAUUUGGCCAGAGAGUAAAAGCUAUAGUGAUGAUGGGAUUAGUGAAGUACCAUCAAGAUGGAAAGGAGGAUGUGAAAGUGGUACUGAGUUUAAUUCCUCUUUGUGUAACAAGAAACUCAUUGGCGCUCGUUACUUCAAUAAAGGCCUACUUGCCAACAAUCCAAAUCUUAACAUUUCAAUGAAUUCUGCUAGAGAUACAGAUGGACAUGGAACUCACACUUCUUCUACAGCUGCGGGAAGUUAUGUCGAUGGUGCAUCUUAUUUUGGCUAUGCCACUGGCACUGCUAUAGGCAUAGCACCAAAGGCUCAUGUGGCUAUGUACAAGGCUCUAUGGGAAGAAGGUGUAUACUUGUCUGAUGUUCUUGCUGCAAUUGAUCAAGCAAUUACAGAUGGUGUGGAUAUAUUAUCCUUGUCGUUAGGCAUAGACGCGAUUCCACUACAUGAAGAUCCUGUGGCAAUUGCCGCAUUUGCUGCAUUGGAGAAAGGUAUAUUUGUUUCCACCUCUGCAGGAAAUGAAGGGCCUUAUUAUGAGACUUUGCACAAUGGAACACCUUGGGUGCUAACUGUUGCAGCUGGCACAGUUGACCGCGAAUUUAUUGGAACAUUAACUCUUGGAAAUGGAGUUUCAGUCACUGGUUUAUCGCUAUACCCUGGGAAUUCUAGUUCAAGCGAAAGCUCCAUUGUCUAUGUCGAAUGCCAAGAUGACAAGGAACUGCAGAAAAAUGCACACAAGUUUGUUGUCUGCCUCGACAAGAAUGAUUCGGUUGGUGAGCAUGUGUACAAUGUAAGAAAUUCAAAAGUUGCUGGGGCUGUCUUUAUAACUAAUACAACUGACUUGGAAUUCUACCUCCAAAGCGAAUUCCCGGCUGUGUUCUUGAACUUACAAGAGGGUGAUAAAGUUCUAGAGUACAUUAAGAGCAACUCUGCACCUAAAGGAAAACUUGAAUUCCAAGUUACACAUAUUGGUGCUAAACCAGCACCAAAAGUUGCUACCUAUAGCUCAAGAGGACCGUCACCGAGUUGUCCAAGUGUCCUCAAGCCUGAUCUCAUGGCUCCUGGUGCCUUAAUACUUGCUUCAUGGCCACAACAAUCACCGGUUACUGAUGUUACCUCAGGAAAGCUUUUUAGUAACUUCAAUAUUAUAUCUGGUACAUCAAUGUCAUGUCCACAUGCUUCUGGUGUAGCAGCACUUCUAAAAGCCGCACACCCUGAAUGGAGCCCUGCAGCCAUCCGAUCAGCCAUGAUGACCACUUCCAGUGCUUUGGACAACACACAGAGUCCCAUCCGAGAUAUUGGUAACAAGAAUGCUGCUGCUACUCCUCUAGCCAUGGGAGCUGGCCAUAUCAAUCCAAACAAGGCGUUAGAUCCCGGACUUAUCUAUGAUGCGACACCACAAGAUUAUGUUAAUCUUCUCUGUGCUCUGAACUUCACAUCCAAGCAAAUAAAAACCAUCACAAGAUCCUCAUCUUAUACUUGCUCCAACCCAUCAUUGGACUUAAACUAUCCAUCUUUCAUUGGAUUUUUCAAUGGGAACAGCAGCGAGUCGGAUCCUAAAAGGAUUCAAGAAUUCAAAAGAACAGUGACAAAUUUACAAGAUGGUACAUCAGUAUAUACAGCAAAUCUCACUCCAAUGGGUAAAUUUAAAGUUAGUGUUGUACCUGAAAAGUUGGUUUUCAAAGAGAAGUAUGAAAAGCUGAGCUACAAGCUUAGAAUAGAAGGUCCAAUAGUUAUGGAUGAUAAUGUGGUUUAUGGUUCUUUGAGCUGGGUAGAAACUGGAGGUAACUAUGUGGUUAGAAGUCCAAUUGUUGCCACAAGCAUAAAAGUGGAUCCUUUGACAGGACACAACUGAUUAUUCAAUAAUAAAGGGCAGCCCGGUGCACUAAGCUCCCGCUAUGCGCGGGGUCCGGGGAAGAGCCGGACCACAAGGUUUUAUUGUACGCAGCUUUGCCCUGCAUUUCCGCGAGAGGCUGUUUCCACGGAUCUAUAACUAAUUGUUUUCUAAAUGUGAUAUUGUAACACACAAUUGUGAAAUAAACUUAUAUAUUCUUCCCAUUA